ACUGUGUUCCUAAUUAAUGCCUGUAUACAAAUAUAAACGCAAUAAACUGCGCUAGAUGUCCGCGUUUUGAUUAUUUAUACCGAGAUGAUGGAUUUAACACAGGGGAAUGCGCAAGGAGAGUUCAAGAUCAGCCGGUCAAAUGUGGAAGGCUGUUCGAGUGGAGAGUCCUUAACCUCUCUUGAGCUGAGCCCGAGGAAGAGAUUGUCAGCGGAGGAGGAAAGGUGUGCCAGCAGACCCCCACCUGAAGGCGCAGGAGCUGUGAGCGUCUCUGAAUCCGACUGGGAUGAGACUAAGCCAGAUCUGUGCAAGCAAUGUCAAAUGACUAUAGCUGAACUGAGGAGACAAGCCCUCUCUCUGUCUGACCCUGCUUCCUUUAAGGAUCCUGGAUUUGCUUCCUUUUUCAUUGAUCAGCUGCAAGUGCCUGAUUGGUCGCUGAAAGGUGUUCAUGAAGGAACGAGGUGUCAGGCGUGUGGAACACCUGCACAGCGGCUAAAACAACAGUUACUUCAGACUCUCCAAGAACUGUACCCUGCUUCUGACAUGCUGUCCCUACCUCCCAAUACCUUCCCUGGGCACCCCACUAGGCUGACGACUCACAGCGUGGUCACUCUUUCCUCCAAGCCUACCAAAUCGAGGAUACCUAACCCAGCGCACAGGCUAGGCUGCUCUCAGAGCCCGUCUUCCAGCGUUGGGGCACUGAAACCCAGUGUGCAGGUGCCCACGGGAGGAAGACCUCUGACUGGAACCAUCAACUCAGUCACCAUUCAAGCCCAGCAGUACUUGGAGGGCAUGUGGAGCAUCUCACGCAUCAAUAACUUCCUGCCUCAGCCAAACCCGACACAAGGCCUCGUAGGUCAAGCAGAGCAGAGUGAAUGGCAUUCAGACACCACGGUCUCCAGAGUGCCCCGGACUCCCUCCAGACAGAGAAGUCCGGUUCAGUUUGACCAGGAUGUGCCUCCUUCCUCUGACCACCCCACUUCAGCAGCAGCAUCCUUUUUCAUCAGGGCUGCUCAGAAGCUGAAUCUAUCAUCCAAAAGAAAGAAGCAACAGCCGCCUCUGGUAUACCCCCAGGAGCCCUACAUCUACCCUACUAACUUUAGUGCUGUCCUCCAGUGUUCACCUCCACCUGCUCCACCAUGUCUGCUCAGGGCGGGGACAAAGGCCAAGGAGAACCCUGGCAUGGGCAAGGUCAAAGUUAUGAUGCGUAUCUGUCCAUCUCUGGGGGUUGUGGAUUCAUCGGAGUCCUUGUCCUUCCUGAAGGUGGACACUCGUAAGAAACAGCUGACCCUCUGUGAUCCCUCUCUCAACAUACAGCCCACCUCAGUACAUAGACGAGCAGUGCUUCCCGUCCCAAAGAUGUUUGCCUUCGACGCUGUUUUUUCCCAAGAUGCCUCUCAAGCUGAAGUUUGCUCAGGGACAGUGGCUGAAGUUAUUCAAUCAGUUGUCAACGGAGCAGAUGGGUGUAUUUUCUGCUUUGGUCAUGUCAAUGUUGGCAAGACAUACACCAUGAUUGGCUCAGACAGCUCUAUGCAGAGCCUUGGCAUUGCACCCUGUGCCAUCUCCUGGCUGUUUAAGCUCAUUGAUGAGCGCAAGGAGAAGACUGGCACACGCUUCUCGGUACGGGUGUCUGCCGUGGAAAUCUACGGCAAGGACGAGAGCCUGCAUGACCUGCUUUCUGAUGUGCCUACAGGAAGUCUGCAGGACGGCCAGUCGCCUGGUGUCUACUUGCGCGAGGACCCCAUCUGUGGCACACAGCUCCAGAACCAGAGCGAAUUAAGGGCUCCCACUGCAGAGAAGGCCGCCCUUUUUCUUGAUGCCGCCAUUACAGCACGUAGCACAAACCGGCCAGAUUCAGAUGAGGAAGACCGCCGCAACUCCCACAUGCUGUUCACCUUACACAUCUACCAGUACCGCAUGGAUAAGAGUGGCAAGGGUGGAAUGUCUGGUGGUAGAAGCAGAUUACAUCUGAUUGACUUAGGAAGCUGUGAGAAGGUGCUUUGUAAGAGCAGGGACGCAGGAGGAGGUCUGUGUCUGUCUCUGGCUGCAUUAGGAAAUGUGAUACUGGCUUUGGCCAAUGGAGCUAAACAUGUUCCAUACAGGGAUAGCAAGCUCACAAUGUUACUGCAAGAUUCUUUGGGCAACAUCAACUGUAGGACAACCAUGAUUGCCCACAUCUCUGACUCCCCUGCCAAUUAUGCAGAAUCGCUUACCACCAUUCAGAUGGCCUCCCGAAUCCAUUGUAUGAGGAAAAAGAAAUCAAAGUAUGCCUCUAGUUCCUCUGGAGGGGAGAGUUCCUGUGAUGAGGGAAGGAUCCGCCGACCACCACAUUUGCGGCCAUUCCAUCCUCGCACUGUGGCCCUUGACCCAGAUCUACCAUCAUUCCUCAGUGAUCCUGACUAUUCUUCAAGUAGUGAGCAAUCAUGUGACACUGUAAUUUAUGUUGGCCCUGGUGGUGCUGCCAUCUCUGAUCGAGAGCUCAGCGACAACGAAGGACCCCCAACCUUUGUUCCCAUUAUCCCCUCUCUUAACCGUAAGCAACGAGGGAAAGAAGGGCCAGUUGACCAUGAUCAUUUCAAAUGUAACACCUUUGCUGAGCUUCAAGAGCGAUUAGAAUGUAUUGAUGGUAGUGAGGAACCUAAAGACUUUGUUGGAGAAUCUGGAGGAAAUUCUGCAAGCCCUAAAAUGGACCAUGAUGCAACCAAGUUGAAAGAAGGCUCUGGUUGCAUUUCAGUUUCUCCCAAAACUCCUAUCAAAGCAUUCUUAUCAACACAGGACAGCAGUUCCAAAAACUCAAUUUCUGUAGCCAGUAAACUGCCUAGCAGUCCAAAACACAAAUCCAAAUUAGAACAUUCCAAGUUGCAAAGUGCCACAUCAGAUGAAGAACUCAGAGACAAAUAUGAAAGUUUAUGUAGGACAAGUGCAGAUGGUGAAAAGGUCCAAAUGUCAGACAAUGGAAAACUCUUAUGCACUCCAGGCAAACAAAGUAAAACAAUACUAUCCCAAAACUUGGAACCUGUAUUUAGGGAAAAGUGUUUUUACAGUAAAAAGAUUCCCAAGCCUGCUCCCCCACCACCACAACAAGAAGACUAUGUCAGGGUCAGUAGUGAAAAUGAAGAAAAGUCUGCCAUGAGGAUACCGCCAGUUGGGAUGAGUCAUCAAAAAAGAGAUGAUUCAAAUGAGAACUCACCGCUAAAAGUCCAUCACCUUAAUCCCAGAACUUCUGGGGAAAUGAGGUCAAGUCUAAGGGAAAGGUGCAUGGAGAAGGACAUAUUGAGGACAACUGUAACCUUUAAACAGCCAGUGGAGCUAAAUGGUGAGGACGAGCUUGUGUUCACGCUUGUGGAAGAGUUAUCAAUUGGCAACAUUGUGGACAAUGGAAGACCCUCCAGUAUUGUGAGUUUCGAUAGUGAUUGCUCACUACAGGCCCUUGCCUCAGGAUCACGACCAGUAAGCAUAAUUAGUAGUAUAAAUGAUGAAUUUGAUGCCUAUACAUGCAGUGUUGGUACCUCAGAGGCAAACAUUAAAAUGGUGACACCAUUACAUGAGAAAGCAUGUACUUCACUUGGUAGCCAGGGUUCUUCUAUCACUUCAUGGCUUAGUGAAGUAAGUGUCUGUAAUCUGGAGAAUGAAGAUGACAAAACAGUAGAUGUCUUUCUCCCUCAAGGUACUCAUACUGUCCCAGAUAGCAGUUUCUACCUUGAUUCUCUUAGGAUGUUCAAAAGCAACCCUCAAAAGGAACUUAAGAACUCAAUGAAUGAUAGUGGCUGUAGCUUUUCAGAUUUAGACAACGACAGUGUUAUAUCAGGCAAACUCUCUCUUAGCAAGUGCCCAUCCUCUCCAGAGGCCCCAAAACUGUCUGCCAAAAGUUUGCCAAAACUGGCAAAGGCAAAUACCAUUCAUUUAUAUGAUCCUCAUUCUUUUCAAGAUUCUCAAAUUGUCCAGUGUAGUCUUUCCAGGAAAUUAAAACCUACCUCACCCACAGCCCAGAGUAGCAGUAUUAGUGCAAGCAGCUCCAGUAGCAACUGGAGACGUGAGACACCAAGGCAAGACUGCCGAAUAGACGGCUCAUUGGAGUUGUCUAUAACUUCUAAUUCAGGUUCUUCAUGCAGACUGGCUAAAAAUGGAAUGAGUGGAAUUCCUGCAAGAAAAACAGUCACAAGCAGCAACAGUGUACCUCAAAUGCCCAAAACACUAGGGUCAAACCAAUCCCAAAGGGUGGUAGAUGGAUGUGAAAAAUCCAGCAACAAAAAGAAAUUGGAGUCCCCGAGCAAGAUGCCACAGCUCAGACGAGGUGCAACAACACUUGGGACAGUUCCAGUCAUACAUACGUCCAUUAAUGUUAAGCUUGCUCAAGAUAUUGGUUCUUUGACAGGAAGUUUAAAGAUUUCCUCUUCAGGAAAAAGUGGAAAAUCAAGCAAGCAUGAGGAGAGUAUGUCAAAACCUGGCAAUGUAUCUCCACCUCCUCCUCCAGUACGCAAAUCUAGUUUGGAUCAAAAGAAUCAAAUCCUGUUUCCCUCAAGUGCCUUAAAGUGUGCUUAUGAGGCUGGAAAGUCUUUUGCACCAAGGGCUACAGGUUUAGAGGAUGAUAUUGACCUUCGCUCUAGGGGUGAUUCAAAUAGUUUAAGAAUAUCUAACUUAAAGUCAGAGCAUAGUUUGAUAAAAGCAACCUCUAGUAUAAAAGCCAGAGGAACUAGAGGUGAUACAGGACAGCUUUAUGGGAGCCAGAUAUCUCUAGAAAGAUGUGACAGUUUGUCAUCUUUGGGGUCGAAACCUGCUCUUAGUCGUGAAAACAGUGGUGCUAGUCUCAACAGCAAAUCAAGCAAGUCUGUCGAUAGGUUUGGAUCUGCUGUUGCCACCUCUUCUCCAAUUGCUACCUCUCAACCUUCUUGUAUAACCCCAGUAGCCACUGUAAAGUGUGGGAUUGUUAAAAGCAGCCUUAACACAAGACAAUUACCUGUUAAUGCAAACAAAGCUUGUACAUUAUCUGCUAGCAACUCCAAAGCCCUGAGCUCAUCCACUAAGUCUCUUGUGGCACCAGCAACAAGGAAUGCCAACCUUCCACCUUCAGGAAAGACGGCAUUACCUCGAGCAACAGUAGGGGGCAAUGGUAAACCCACCAGAGGAACAAUAAUGGGUACCAAGCAAGCAAUACGGGCAGCAAACAGUCGCGUUAGUGAGUUGGCCUUGGCCAAUCCUUCUGGAAAACAUACAAGGAUCUCAGGUGAUUCAGACAGUGGCAAUGACAGUGGAGUGAACCUUAAUGAUGACAAGCAUACCCCAAUCCCCAUUCUUCCAUCACCAUAUAGUAAGAUCACAGCCCCCAGAAGACCUCAGCGCUACAGUAGUGGGCAUGGAAGUGAUAACAGUAGUGUCCUAAGUGGGGAGUUGCCUCCUGCCAUGGGACGAACUGCACUCUUCUACCACAGUGGAGGAAGCAGUGGAUAUGAAAGCAUGAUCCGUGACAGUGAAGCUACUGGUAGUGCUUCUUCAGCCCAUGAAUCCAUGAGUGAGAGUGGGAUGUCCUCCUCUGGUCACACAAGGAACUCCAAAGCACCCAAGAAGAGGUCAAAUGGCCUCCAGAGGCGUCGUCUCAUCCCAGCUCCCUUACCAGACACCUCCUCUUUGGGGAAGUCUGGGACAACAGGCCAGUGGGUGGACCUUCCCCCUAUGUCGGGGCCACUGAAAGAGCCUUUUGAGAUCAAAGUGUAUGAAAUCGAUGAUGUGGAAAGGCUUCAACGACGAAGACAAGAAAAGAUAGAAGAGUCAGUUCAGGAUGUUGAGAAGGGCCUGAUGUAUUUUAACAUUCAUUUGAAGGUCCUUGAGAAACGGCAGCAGCAAAUCACAGAUCUCAGAGCAAAGCAUAAGACUCUGAAAGAAGAGCUGGAGGACACAAAGUCUAGAUUAAUGAUGGAUCCCAGCAAGUGGAUUGGAGAGUUUGAGGUGGAUCAGGAUUUGGAUCAGGAGUCGCAAGAGUACUUGGAAACAUUGGAGCAGGCUACGGCUGAACUGGAAUACUACGUCAACCUAUGCAAGUCCCGCGUCAUGAUGGUGACCUGCUUUGACAUCCGAGUAUCAUCUGACAUGCAGGAAGGACCGCGAGAGGUGGAGGUUUAAGAACAGAAUUUGGUGAUCGAUGGACACUGACAAAGAGAUAAAGGAAGAAAAGGAUGUCUGAAUAGGAAAGACAAUGAAAUGUAGCGGCCGGUCUGGUGAUUUUGAGGAAACACAAAUGGAUCAAUGGAUGAUCUUUAUAAAAGGAUGGAACGCUGAAUUCUGCAUGAAGUACAAACUUAUCUUGAGGAGAAGAGAAAACUGUUCUGGUUAUAUGCAGUGCCUCACAAUAAACAUGGAAUAGACUUACUCAAUUGGAAAUCCAACAAGCUUUUAUGCGUUAGACGCAUUUCCUUACACAAGGAAAGAGAAGAAUCAUUCUCACUUACCGAAGAGUUAUUAUACCACACCACAAAGUGCCUUUUUUCAUAUGACUGUUUUGUACAUUUGUUGUCAAUCAUUAUUUUUUCUACUGGUGCUAGUGCUUUGAACAGCAUACCCAAGCCAAACCAUAUUUUUUGUUAUUGUAUUGCAUUGCAAAGUGUAUUUAUAUAAUCAGUGUGUGAAAUAUCAUUCUGGGUGCAAAAGGAGAGCAAUAAAGCUGUCUUUCCAUGCUUUGCCUUUGCCUCCUGAACUAUCACCUUUGUCAGCAUAUUGGUAUUAAAUCUUUUUGAGCAUU